CUUUGCGGGCGGCGCGCAGUUUGAAUCGGCGUGGGGCGGGGCAGGGGUGUCCUGGCCCCGCGUCAUGGCCGCCGACCUGGGCGAGCGGCUGCGGCAGAGCAAUGCCCGCUUCGUCGCCUCCAUCAACCGCAUCUUGGAGUGGUAUAAUCGUCCUUUUGAAGAUGAUUUUCUUAUUUCUAUGGAAACCCUCACUUUUGACACCCCUGAUGGACCAAAACAAUGGGGGGAAGUAUCAAACAAGAGUCUUAAAAAAUGGAAGAAGAAACUACUUCAGAAUCAAACAGGAAGUCAAAGGAAUACAGAAAUGUCAAAGCAACAUGCUGGUGAUUUUGAAGAUGGACAUUCGACAGUACAUCAAGAUUUUCCUGAGAAUUCUUCUGUGGAUGUAUCCGACGCAGAUGUAGAAAGUGAUGCUGAUCUAGUUACAGUAAGAAAAAGAUUUGAAGACAUCCACUUCCAGAAUCUGGAUGUAGAUAAUGUGAAAACACCAGAAGAAGUUAAAGUUCAAGUGGAUGUGAUAGUACAGGAGGAUUCAAGAAGAAUUCCCAAGUGGAUUACGGCAGCACCUCAAGGACUGUCAGAAGAUCUUCACUUAGUUUCACCAAUGCAAGUAAUGACAGGCAACCAAGCCAGUGUUUUUGGAAAGAAAGUAGAGCUGAGAAAUGCAUGUUCUUCAUCUAGGCCUUACCAGUUCCAAUUUGCUGGUGUCCCCAUUUCACCAGAUACAAUAACUGUACCCAGACUUCAACCUUUUCAAGAAAUUAAUAAAACUUGCUAUGACAGUGUCUUGGAAGAAUACCAGUCUGCAGAUGAGGAAUGUUCCUGGAGCAAUAUAACUCUUGCAGACUUGUACCCUGCAAUGGUAGAGACACUGAUAAAGCUCAUGACAAAGCAGAUUCAGAGAAAAGCAUUUAAAUACAUGUUUGGACACUGUAGGAACAAAAGAUGGUGUCCUAGAAGAUCAAAGCUCAAUGUCACUGUAGACAAAAUAAGGAGGUUCAGACCACUUAAACUGAAGAAAGCACUACCCGGCAUAUGCAGUGGUAGUAAAGACAUCCAGAAUCAAACUUCAGGAAAUAAUGUAAAUGUGAAUAGUGGACCUUGUGAUGAUCACUGUUCUAUUAAUAAUUUAUCUGGUCUGGUACCAUAUUCUUACCUAGACAGUAGUGGAAUGGAAACGGACUGCUCUAAUUCAAGUGUAGAUCAUCAUUUGUUAUUUGGAAAGGGACAAAACGUUCCUGAAUGGACUGUUUUUCCUAAUGUUUUGGCUAGAAUGGGAGAGACAUUUGUAGUUGAAGAUCCAUUACCGACUACUGUCUCACUGAAUAAUUUGAAAUGCAACCCAAGUGGUAACUUGGCUUACAAAUGUUCUUUGGAAUACCCUUUUUUAACAUCUACUGCCAGUUCAGACUCAACAGCGCUUACUCUGGUAAAAGAGAGUGAAACUCGGAAAAUUGAUUGUCCUUCUGGUAAUACUUCAGGAUUUUGUUCAUCUACUUGCUGUUUCAAUGACAAUAGUAGCACUUUUGCACCUGUCACAAAUCAUUCUCUUGCAAGAGCAUCAAAUACAUUUGUCAUAAAUCCUCAGAUAAAAAUUUCUGAAAGAGAGAUUUCUUUCCAGCGCAGACACUCAUUUUCCUCGUUGUCUAUGAAGCACAGUCCUUCCAAGAUGCCCAAGAAAUAUGAAGAUGCAUUUGAAAAACUCUACUACAAAAUGUGUUCCAAAGAAAUCCAAAAGCCUUUGACAAUGACAAAACCACUUUCAAACUCACAGAAGCCUGAAGAGAGAGGACGAUUAAUGAAGUAUAAUUUCAGUGGGUCUGUGAGGUCCAAUAUACAGUAUGACAGAGCAUUUGAGAAGAUUUAUGAGCAAUUGUCUAGUGAGGCAGUUUCAAAACUUCCUGGUUUUCAGAGAGCUUCAAAUUUAAGGAAAUAUGAAGGAAUACAGGUGUCUGAAACUGUAAAUGCUCUUGUUAACUCACCUGUUCGAUCUUUAUCUGCAAUUCCCAGAGUUAAAAGACUAGGAAAUUUUCAAAAUGAUCUUCUUUGUUCACCAGUAAAGAGACUGAAAAAUAUACCUGAACCUUAUUUUUUUCCAACAAAACAUCAGCAAAUUUCUCACAGGAAAAACGCAAAUCUUCAAACAGUUGAUGUGGAUUUUUUGAGCCCAUACAAUGGCAGUAGCACCAGCUUUUUUAACAGUCGCAACUGUCAGAAUCAGGACUCUGGUUUUCACACUUCUUCAGAUAGAACUUUUCUUGUUAGUCCUGUUAUUUCCCUGAAAGAAUCUGGGACUGCUGAUGCCUCUAGCUGGCAUAGGACAACACACAAUUACAGCUGUCCUGGAAGUGCACAGAAACAUCAUCAAAAGGUAUCAAGAAAACUAAGUUACACCAAUGGAAAAGACCGAAAUCCUAGUAAUCCUUUGGAUGAUGUCCUGGUCAAAAGUCAUCAAGGAACCUUCAUGGACUGUUACAGAGAAAAUAUUGUUUUAUAAUCUUUGAUUUGUGUUUAUUUUUUUCCAAGAAUCACAGAUCUAUUAAUAAUUUAAAUAUUUUAAGUACAAGAUCCAUACUAUGGAAGAACAUUAUUGUAAUAUACAAUUAGUCCUGAUUUGUACUUCCCCGUAAUAUAAAUUCUCAGAAGCUGGUUCCUCCCUUUUGACAGUGUACGCCCUACUCCUUGGGCUUCAUCAGGUAUUGCAAAGAAUCAAUAUUCCUUUCUAUGUCUCAGUUAAUUUAAAUUUUAUAUAUGGUAUUGUUUUUAAUAGUAGAACAUGAUUUGUAUUAUCUUUUUAUCUGCUGAGGAACUUUGCUUUUUGAUCUAUUAAUACUGCAAUUUUAAGUUUUGUGUCUGCUUAAUUCCCACCCACCCCCUUCCUGCUUUAUUGAUGUGUCAGUACUAGAUGCAUGAAAGAAAUCUAAACUGGGCUGGGUGGUCCAAAUGCAGUAUUAUACACUGUAACUUUUCAUGUGCCUUCUAUGCAGUUUUACUGUGUAAUCUUCUAAGUAGCUCACCAGAUUUGAUUGUACAAUAUAAUUUCAUACAAUAUUAGAUUUGAUCUCUAUGUUCUGACCAAGCUCUACCUGACAUACCAUAUAUUUUAAAUAAAUACAUACUCUGAACUAA